ACUUCAGACCGGUUCUGGACUGUUCUGCUGUCCGGAUGGCGGUUGGAUGCAGAACAAACAGACGGCACCUGAUCCUCUCCCCAGGGGGGUAAAAGACAGAUGGAACAAAUGGAAACUGGGGGGCGAGAAAUAGAUCAGAAUCCAGAAACAGACGCAUAGGUAAAGAGACGACACCGCUACGUUUCUGAGCCUCUUCAGUUGCCUGGAAUUUGAGAGCACAUAUAUGUUGUUGAACACCGUUGUUCCUAAAAAAAAAACAGCAGGUUUGGACUUAAAGCAGGUUCUAACAGAAGGUGGAACAUGUUUUACAUUUUUGUUUUGUUUUUUUUCUCCCAGGAGACCAGAAACGCUACAGAGGAAAAGCCCGUCCAGCGGUCUAAGUCUUUUAGCUUCAAGACCCAGAAGGAAGUGUGCACAUCAUGUGAGAAGACAGUCUACCCAAUGGAGAGAUUGGUUGCCAACAACCAGGUCUUCCAUUCCUCUUGUUUCUGCUGCAAACACUGCAACGCCAAACUCAGCCUUGGCACCUUUGCAGCCCUUCAAGGAGAGUUUUACUGCAAGCCGCACUUCCAGCAGCUGUUCAAAAGCAAAGGAAACUAUGACGAGGGUUUUGGACGCAAGCAGCACAAAGAGCUGUGGGCCUCCAAGGAGACGGAUAAUAUAACACAGACUCCGUGAUCCCGUCCGCCGGAACGCUGCCCCAGAUCUGCCUUUUUAUUUUCUGCUUAACAUCUCUAGUUUUCCUUUUAACAGUGGUUACAUGCCUCAUUUGCCAUCAUUCUUUUAUUGCCUUUUCCUAUUUCAGUUUGAUAUUGGUUGUUGAUUGUGACCAAAAGCCUUCUCUGGUAUGCAAAACCCCUCCUGAACGGUUUCAUCGUCUCCAUCUUUUUUUUAUAAGAUAGUUGUAUGCUCGUAUAAAUGUCCUGCAUUAGAGCAUGCACUCAGGUCAAUUUCUAGAAUGAAGUCAAGCAAACAAAAGCAUCCUCCUCUGCAGUACGACAGCCUGUUAGAAGCAUACUUCAGGAGCAAACAGGGUACUGGAUAAUAACCGUGCACACUGGCAACAGCUCACCUCACGUUUUCGUUUAAAUAUUUAUCUCUAUCGAUUCUACUUUCCGACGGCUUGCCCUUGCAUGUUGGUGUGACUGGAUUCCAAGAGCCGUUUCUUAUGAUGGUGGUUCGUGUCGUGGACGGUUUGGUCCCAUGGAUGAACAGCUUUGAGAGCUCGAUCCUCUCUGUGCUUUUAAUGUACAAAUGUUAAUGUAAUUGUCAGCGUGUGUAUAGUAUCUCUACAUAGCGUUGUAGUUUGUGGUUGGUGGACUGGCCCCGCCCCCUUCGCUGUACUUGUGGUGCACAAACGCAUAUUAUAUCUAGAUGGGAAAUGACACAAAAAAAAACUUAAAAAUUGACGAAAAAGACCCACUCCGAUCAUCUUCAGAGUGAUUUUUAGUAGGGGUGUAACGGAUCACAGAUAAAGCCACGGUUCGGACCAAACAUCGUCUGUCCAAAACAAAUGCGGCAAAUUCACGUGCUGUACACGUCUUUGUUUAAACAAGCUUCUUGACGGUUAUCUUAAAGUCUGUUAGCCUGGAGCUCCUGCCGCAUGUGGGCGGAGCUUCUGUCAAAAACUUUUCUCGAAGUCGUCACGGAGGACGCAGACUGAGAGAUCGGAUUAAUUUAUUUUGAAAAGCUGAAUAAAAGCUUCGGUGCACGUCUCCACGUCUGGCGGUUUAACAGGGACAUGCCGUCAGGGGAAGGCAGUACGGCAAGCCAAAAGGGUCAAAAAUCGCCAGGAAACGCCGGCAUGGCAGUUAAUAAUAGAUAAUGGUAAUUAUUUGAAAUAUUUAAAUGUUCCCACAGUUAGUUUCAUAUAAUUAAUACAAAAAAUAACAAAAGUUUAAUUUUAACUUUAAAUUUAAGAUUUAAUUAGGACAUUGGAGAGUAUUCCACUCUUUAUUGGACACUUUAAAGACACAAAAGUAUUUCUUUUAAUUUGAAAGAAUAUUAAUAAAAAAAAAGUUUACAAAUAUUUACAAGAUAUGAGGCAUUCAUUUCUCUCAGUUUUUCCAGAUUUGGUCUCCAGACAUGUAAAUGUUAUCAGAAGUUCAAAGAUAUGUGUGUAUAUUUAUCCUUUGAAGUACUUUAUAUAUGUUUUAAAGUAAUUUUUAGUUUUUUUUUUACCUGUUGUUUUUUUUCUCACUAUACAUUCAUAAAAUGAUCCGAACUGUGAUUUUUGUGAUCCGUUAUACCCCUAAUUUUUACUGUUCCCAGUUGUCUUAAUUCAUGUUUUUAGCCAAAAUUUAAAAACAAAAGUCAUUUUUUAGGGCAGUUUCUGUAAAGUUUAUUUAGAAUUCACCUCUGAGUAAAAGUCGAAAUCAUUGGAGUCACAAAUACGACACAAAUACUCCUGAUUCACACCGAUCAGAAUAAACAAAUACUCAGAAAUGCACAUUAGACCUUCAUUUUCUUCAUAUAUGUCCUCCAAUAAUAAGAAAAAUACCAAAAGAAAAAUGUUCUUGUGAGUGGGUCUGUAACAGAUUAGGACUAAAGCUUCUCUCAUGAAUGAUAAAGUAUUUAACCGGAUCGGAGCCUCCCAGUUGUUGUUCCUCAUGCAUGCAGGCUCUCGGUGUUUUGUGAUGGUUUCUCCCUUUCGCUGUAUUCGCACAGUUUGGUACAUUAACGUGUUUGAUCCCGUGACUGAAUCCACAUGUUUCCUUGACUGUUUAAAGAACUCUUUCCUGUUUAUUUCCCCGUGUUUACCGAACUACGUGCAGCUUAGCAACUGGACCUAUUUUUCCUCGAUUUUUAAAGUAGAGUUUGAUGAUAACCCCUUUGGUUACUUGAUGUGUGCCUGCAGGCUACAUGCAAAACCCAGCAAAUAGUGCCCCCUACUGGGGAAAGUGUGACAGUAAGGAUGAAAUUAUUCAAAAUAGCCUUUAUUGAAUUAAUUACAGCUGCUUCACGUCUUUUUUUUAAUCUUAUUUAAUUGUAAAACCUAAGAGAAUCCAAUGUUAUAUAACAUUUCAACACAGUCAAACUAAAGCCAUUUAAAUAUAAUUUUUUUAAUGUUUGAACCUGACACUUGAAUAACACAAAGGACUUCUUGUGACUUAAAGUUUACUGUGAAUCUGAGCAUGCUGUAUAGAAAAGAAAGCUUAACUUGAGCAGAUACUUUUUUAAAAAGAGACGCCUUAGAGAUGAAUAGUUGACCUUGACAUGUUCCAAGUGCAUUUCAGGGUCUUUAUUAGGAAGUCCUCUGUCCAUGCCUUGUUAAAAAUCCACCUCUUCAGUCAAACAUCUCUAUGAAGAUGACUAUUCAACCAGCAGACAUGUUUUCCCCCAUAUUGGAAUUGUGAUUCUGUGCAUUAUGAUGACUUUUUUUCCUUUAAUUUUUGAUUCAAUAUGGUGCCCUGGAACCUACAACAUGCUUUGAAACCAAUAGAAAUGUGUCUAAAGAUGCUGUCUGUUAUUUCCUGUUCGCAGUUUGCCAAGGUACAAAAAGCAAAAUCUGUGAAUUUCAUCUUCUCCGUGUAAAAGAUCUAAAAAGGUACACUUUAUUCUGGUGCCAAGAGGCUCAGGUAAAUGUUUUAUUCUGUGCAUCGUUCAUCUGUUUUGUUCAUCUUAGAUUUUCAGCGCUUCUUGUCCCUGACACUAUAGAAAUGUAUGUACAUUUUAAAGGUGAAACGAUGAAAGUGACCUGUGGAUGAAGGUGGCCUUACUGCAGAAAGAUGUGUGGACUGUUCGCAGUCGAUCCCUUUUUUUUGUUACUUUGUUCUACAAUUGAAUGUAGUGAAAUUUGAACGCCCCCUUUUGGACAUAAAAAAGAAAACAAUCAUUUUGUGCAUAUUCUUGUUCUUCCUUUUUGUUUUUUUACAUGCUUUUAAAAUAAAAUAAAAUGCUGGUAUUGAUCAAA